GAGUUGGUGCGCUAGUCGGUUCUUGUGCCUCCCUCGCUAGAUUCCACGCGCCACGAAUUUGAACAAAGACGAGAAGCUUAUUGCUCUCCCGAGUGUCUCACGGAAAACAUGACUUCCACGGAGAAGCAAGCCGAUGUUGCGACAGAUGAAGUCCUUUCCGCCAAGGAAAAGGGAACUGGGGAUGCGAAAACGGAAAAGUCUCCACAGAAGCGACCGGCAUCUGAGAUCACAGAGGAAGGUGACUUGAAACAGAAGGUCCAAAAGACUGACCACAAAGGCGAGAAGAAGGAGAACGGAGAGUCCGACGACAAGUACGACGAGGGCGCUGACGAUGAUGCUGCGGAUGAAGAGGACGACGAGGCCGUAGCGGACGGUGAGGACUACGACGAGGAAGGGGAUGAGGACCCCGAAGACGGCGCGGAAGAUGACGACGAUGAAGAUGACGCAUAAUGACUUUUGGGGGGGUUUCUGGGAAGGGGGGGAAGACGUCCUGUUUGACAAUUCUGCUCGCUUUCAUCACAGCCACCAUCUCCGGUUUUCCCCUGGACAUCAUCAUCGUCCGCCGUCGAAAAAGAAAGGAAAAAAAAAUUGCGGAUUUGUUGCGCACGUCGCGGAAGAGAAAAAAAAAAGGCACUGCGGAGUUUCUGGUAUUGGGUACCCACGAAAAAAGUAAUCCGAGACGACGCGGUGGCCAGCGGAAAGGAGAUGGGGCCGUCCCGUUUCAUCAACCCGCAGAGGGCCCCGUUCGGCCCCCGCAGUUGCGGUCCCCCGAAAAAAUUCUGGGACGAAGAAAUGUGUUUUUGUUUGACGAGGUUUAAGUUAUGGGGUGGGGCGGGCUUUCAUUGUGGGUGCAACCUGCGUCAAUAAAGCUACAUCGUCAUCACAUUGGAAAACAUCA